UAUAAAGGUGGGCGGGUGAGGCUAUGGUUCCUUUAGAGUAGUACUUCACUACUUUGUUGGUAGAGAUUUAGCAAGCAACUGGUAACCUAGCAAUUUAUUUUAUUAUUUUAUUUUUAAUUUAACAAGUGGUAUGGGAAGGCAACCUUGUUGUGACAAGUUUGGGGUGAAGAAGGGACCUUGGACAGCUGAGGAGGACAGAAAGUUAGUCAAUUUUAUUCUCACGCAUGGCCAAUGUUGUUGGCGCGCAGUCCCCAAGCUCGCUGGGCUCCGCCGCUGCGGCAAGAGCUGCCGCCUUCGCUGGACUAAUUACCUACGCCCUGACUUGAAGAGAGGCCUUCUUAAUGAAGCUGAGGAACAACUAGUUAUUGAGCUCCAUGCCCGUCUUGGCAAUAGGUGGUCCAAGAUUGCCGCAAGAUUGCCUGGAAGAACUGAUAAUGAGAUCAAGAAUCACUGGAAUACCCACAUCAAGAAAAAGCUGAUUAAGAUGGGAAUUGAUCCAGUUACACAUGAGCCUCUCCAUAAACAAGAAAACCCAGGAGCAGCAGCACCUUGUCACAACAUUAUGUAUGAUCAUCAACCCAAUUUUAAUGGUGAUCACCAACAGAUAUCAAACAAUAAUUGCGAACCCCAAGCCUCCUCCUCCUCGUCUAAUACCACCCCAACUGAAUCAUCAGACCCAAACAACGACGAUGAUCCUUUGAUGAGUUACAUAUUUUCAGACACUUAUCUUGAAGAUUCAACAUGGAAUUUUCCCAUCGCUAGAGAAGAAUAUUGUGAAUUUGGAAUGUCCUCACCAGAGGGUAACUCUCCAUGGUUUUUAGCUCAUAAUGAUAUUGGAGAUGACUACUUUGGACUUGGCCGUUUCAACGACGUGGACUUGAGUGUGCUAGACCAGCCGGAUGACAAACACUAACAAGGAACCAGGCCUUGGGGGCUUCAUCGUAAAUGGAAACUCAAUCUUCUUCCUGAUUUUCAACUUCUUAGACUUUGUUUUAUUUCCCUUCUUUUUUCCCCCACCAAACGCAUAAGUUUAGAUCCUGGAAAAGAUCAAUUUCACAAGAGAAAGGAAUUAAAUUUAAUUGAAACUGCUCAAAAUGAAACCCUUGGAAUGGAGACCUGUAAUUAGUAAAAGCCCCGAAGUUUUUUCAAGGAAAAAGUUAAGCUUCCGGUGAAGGAUGGGUUGGUAAGCUGUCAAGUAGCCCAAAUUGUGAAGAUAUCGUCUCAUCUGUCAUCAUUUAUCAUAAUCACACGCUUUUCCAAAGCAGUCCAAAAUCGAUCCUUAAAAAUACUUUAAAGCCUGUAGUUUUGUCUUUUGCUUAUGUUUGGUUGUAUAAUUACAAGAUUAUGUCCCUAAUCUACCAUGUGAGAGCUCAAAUACGUCUGUUAAUUAUCUUUAGCACCCCACUAUUAAAAGAGUUGAGUGGUGGAAGCAGAGGAAUCUGUCGGUAUGCAAAAUGAGAAUUCUACCGUAUAAGCAUGAUUAAUCUGAGUAUUGGAAAGCUUAUUUGGCAUGA